CCAGCGGUUACAUGAGAAGCUGGCGCACCUGGAGGGAAGAGGAGACGAGCUGCAGCCUCCUUGUGUGUAAUAUCUACGGUGACGAACGGUGAAGUGGCAAUGGAGGCCACCAGGAGAAGAACCCAGCCCAGUACCAAUGGAAAGACAUCUGAACAGAAAGAGGAGCCAGCACAGUGGGGGAGAGCAUGGGAGGUGGACUGGUUUUCCCUGAGCAGCGUGAUCGCCCUCCUUUGCUUCGCCCCUUUCAUUGUCUUCUACUUUGUGAUGGCCUGCGACCAGUACCAGUGCUCCAUCACCCAGCCUCUGUUUGAACUGUUUCAAGGAGAGACCACACUGCUCUCCAUCUGGGCCCGGUCACCCUCCUUCACCUGGACAGCUGCCAAGAUAUAUGCCAUAUGGGUGGCCUUCCAGGUGUUCCUGUAUAUGUGUGUUCCUGAUGUCACACACAAGUUUAUUCCUGGCUUUGUUGGUGGAGUUCAGGAUGGAGCACGAACUCCUGCUGGCCUGAUUAACAAGUAUGAGAUCAACGGGCUGCAGAGCUGGCUGAUCACUCAUGCCCUGUGGUAUGCAAACGCCCAGUACUUCCACUGGUUCUCUCCUACCAUCAUCUUCGACAACUGGAUCCCCCUGAUGUGGUGCGCCAACAUACUGGGCUACGCUGUGUCCUCCUUCGCUUUCAUAAAGGCCUACCUGUUCCCCACCAACGCUGAGGACUGCAAGUUCACAGGGAACGUCUUCUACAACUACAUGAUGGGAAUUGAGUUCAACCCCCGCAUUGGCAAUUGGUUUGACUUCAAGCUUUUCUUCAACGGCCGGCCCGGCAUUGUAGCCUGGACUCUUAUCAAUCUGUCCUACAUGGCCAAGCAGCAAGAACUGUAUGGCCACGUCACAAACUCCAUGAUUCUGGUCAACGUUUUGCAGGCUAUCUAUGUGUUGGAUUUCUUCUGGAAUGAGGCGUGGUACCUGAAAACCAUCGAUAUCUGCCAUGACCACUUCGGAUGGUAUCUGGGCUGGGGAGAUUGUGUCUGGCUGCCUUAUCUGUACACACUCCAGGGUCUGUACCUGGUGUACAACCCAGUCCAGCUCUCCAAUGUCAACGCCCUGGCUGUCCUGUUGUUCGGCCUCGUCGGGUACUACAUCUUCCGCUCCACCAACCACCAGAAGGACCUGUUCCGGCGCACAGAGGGCUCCUGCUCCAUCUGGGGCCGUAAGCCAGAGUACAUUGAGUGCUCGUACCGCUCCGCUGACGGAGGGGUCCACCGCAGCAAGCUCAUGACAUCAGGCUUCUGGGGCCUGGCCCGGCACUUCAACUACACCGGUGACCUGAUGGGUUCGCUGGCCUACUGUGCUGCCUGCGGCUUUGGCCACAUACUACCAUACUUCUACAUCGUUUACAUGACCAUCCUGCUGGUCCACCGCUGCGUGCGUGAUGAGCACCGCUGCAGCAGCAAGUAUGGCAAGGACUGGAAACGCUACACUGAUGCUGUGCCUUACCGGCUAAUCCCUGGGGUGUUUUAGAGAGGAAGAUAAAAAAGAGGUGGGGGGUGGGUAAAGAUUAAGAGAGAUACAGAAAUUAUGAAAUGGGAACAGGGCUGGGUAUCGGUACUCAAUAUCUUUUUAAGGUGUCAGUCAAAAUAACUCUGUACCUGCAUUUGAUCAUUUUUAUAUCUAGAUCUAGAAAAAAAACUCUAUUUCUUGGCAUUCCUUGAUUUAAUGCAACUUGUGAUUGGUACACUCCUGCGGCCGCUACAACCUAUACAGUCUGUAGCAAUGAAGUCGAGCACAGUGUAUUUUGAGUUGGCAGUUGUUGAAUGAAGGAGGAAAAAAAGGUAUUGAGUCAACUACUCUGUUGGUAUCAGUAUCUCUUUAUGGGUACUGGUGUUGGUACUGGUAUUGUAGUCAUUUAAACGAUACCCAGCUCUAAAUAGGAAUGGGGUUUGCAAGAUAACCUAGCGGUUUGUGUGACUGUGUAUGUGUUUUUACACAUUUCAUCAGUUGUAUGUAUGUUCUAAUAUGUUUGUAUGCUGCUUCACUGCACAUGUGUGUAUGCAGUUACAGAACAGUUUAUUGCUAUAUUUUUCCUUAGUGAAGGCAGUCUGAAAGACCAGUCUGCUGCUUUCUUUAUGCUGUGACCAGUUAACAGUUUAACUCAUUUUAAAAUGUCUUUGUUGAUCUUCAGAUCCAGUUAGACCAACCAGAACAUAAAAAGGACAAAAACAGAGCCAGUUAUGCAGUGCUCUGGUGUCUGUGUGUAAUCUACCCAAUGCUGCAGCAUUCCCAUAAUGCAGCUUUAUAUGGGUUAAAUAGUAACUUGAUAAAUCAAUUUAUCAAUAACAAGUUUGUCAGCUUGAUAGUCAUAUCAAGAAGAAUACACGUGUGGUUCCAGGUUUCAAAUCGGACACUUUUCUGGUUUAUAUCAUUGUAAAUGUGACACCUGUGGCUUUUUUAAAAUAAUCUGAAGAUUACACAUAGCACUCAGGUAUUCCGAUUUUUAUGCUUUUUGAUUAGUAAAAGCUGAAAUAUUGACCAAUAUCAAAUAUAUUGUUCAGUUGGCCUACUGGCUUAAUGGACCGAAACAUGGCUCCAUUGUUGAGACCUCAUUCAAAGUGAGUUUGCAAUCUCUGUAUAAAGGCUUUCUUACAUGCUGUGAUUUUUUUCCCAGUCUUUUUAAUGUCUUACUGCAGGAUCAUUUUGUUACUACAGACUUGGGUUUAGUUGGGUAAUUGCUUGAAAUACUGGUGAGAAUUUCCCUCAUUGUGGUUGAGAGCAGCAUGCUCACAUAAAUCAGGUAUGUUAAGGACAGGUUUUAAGAUUCAUUAGACUAAAAGAACAGCAGAAAUUCUUUAAGGAUCUAACAGCAAUAAACAGCACUUUCCAGCCUAUGUGUGGUUUAGAAACCAAACAUUAAGGCACUGCCUCAUUAUAAAACUGUUCUUUCUGAUGUUCACUACAUCUGUAAAGCAUUUUGAAAUGUUGUCAAACCAUUACAUUUCCUUUGUGACUAGUGCUAAUUUCCUCAUACCAGCACUGCCUUUUCUUAUAUUUGAAGGGAGAAAAUAAACUUCUUUUUUUGUGA